AUGCCCCUGCGUGAUUUCUUCUCCGGACCAUCCUAUGGAACAAUCGACCCCAUGGAACAUCAGAACGAGGAGGAAGGAGACCGGCUCUAUCAAACUGGCUACGAGAGUGACGGUCAUGGUAGUGAAACAACGUCGGACGAUUCAGUCCAGGAAGGUGUCCGGAAGAUCGAAGCGAUAAGUUUGACGUGGACAACCAGGUCCCUCGUUGUUGCAUACUUGAGUAUUUUCCUUAUGGCGUUUUGUACAUCUUUGGAGGGUCAGACGACUAUGUCCCUCUCCGCCUACGCAACCAGUGCCUUCAGCAAACACUCGUUGAUCUCAACCGUUUUGGUGGUCCAGAAUGUGGUGAAUGGUGAGCAUACUGUGAUCAAACCGCCCAUGGCCAAAGUGGCCGACGUCUUCGGUCGUUUCGAAGCUUUCUGUGUCUGCAUCCUCAUCUACGUUCUGGGCUAUAUUCAGAUGGCCGCGUCUACCAAUGUCCAGACGUACGCAUCCGCUCAGAUAUUCUAUUCCGCGGGUUCCACCGGCCUACAGAUCUUGCAACAGGUCUUCAUUGCCGACAGCAGUAGUCUGUUGAACAGGGCGUUCCUGGCUCUCUUGCCUGAAUUUCCGUUCCUUGUAACGGUCUGGAUCGGCCCGACCAUCGCAGAUGUCGUGCUACGCCACCUGUCCUGGCGCUGGGGCUACGGGAUGUGGUCGGUUCUGCUGCCUGCCUCAUUCCUCCCCCUGGCCCUGUCUUUGCUUCUGAACCAGCGUAGAGCCCGGAAGUUGAAGCUGAUCAAACAGAAGUCACUGCGGCGGCGCGGAUUGGUCGCAACAAUUCGUCGCACCUGGUAUGACCUCGAUAUGUUCGGACUGAUUCUCCUUUCGGCCGCUGUUACGCUGAUUUUGGUCCCAUUGACCCUGGCCGCCAACGCCAGAAAUGGAUGGAAGAAUGGUAGCAUCCUGGUGAUGAUUGGGGUGGGGAUCGUUUGCCUUUUGGCUUUGCCCUUGUGGGAGACUUCGAAGCGUCUCGCCCCGAAGCCUCUAUUGUCUCUGCAUCUGCUGAAGCAGCGGACGGCCCUCGCCGGCUGCUUUCUGGCUUUUUGGUAUUUCAUGGCAUUUUACUUUUCGGUUCAACCAUACCUCUACUCCUAUCUUCAGGUUGUUCAGGGUUAUGAGGUUGCCACGGCCGGCCGUGUCACACAGACCUUUGCGUUUACUUCGACGAUUGCCGCUUUUGUUGUGUCAAUUUUGAUCAAGUAUACUCGCCGAUACCGCAUUUAUGUAACAGUUGGAUGCGGGAUGUACAUGUUGGGGUUGUUCCUGAUGUUGUUUUACCGCAAGGAGGGGAGUUCGCCGGCGCAGAUUUUGGGCACACAGGUUGUGGUUGGGUUGGGUGGUGGUCUGCUGAAUGUCCCUGUCCAGCUCGGGGUGCAGGCCUCGGCGAGUCACCAGGAAGUCGCCGCGGCGACGGCCAUGUUCCUCACGGCGAUGGAGAUGGGCGGAGCGGUGGGCGCGGCCAUCUCGGGAGCGAUCUGGACGCACAGUAUUCCCCGCAAGUUACGGGAAUAUUUGCCGGAGGAGAACAAGGCGGACGCCAAGGAAAUCUUUGGGAAACUGACCAAGGCGCUCUCGUUUCCGAUGGGAUCGCCGGCUCGCAUCGCCAUCAACCGGGCGUACCAGGAGACGAUGAACAAGCUCUUGGUCCUGGCACUCAUCGUGACGAUCCCGCUGAUCCCGCUGAGUCUAAUGAUGGUGAACUAUAAAUUGGAUGAGGUGAAGACACAUGGGACCAGCCACAAGUCGGACGACGGGGAGCUGGAUGUUGAUGCUGGACUGCUGGUCCCGGAGCGUGCGUCCGAAGCGGACGACCACGCGAAGCAAACGUGA